CAAGUAUGGAAGUCGAGCAACUCCGAUCGAUGCAGUUUUGAUUUUCAAAGUGAAAAAUUCGAGAGUCCGAACUUUUGAUGGGUCGUAGCUGAACGUCGUCGUCAUGGCUUGCUCCCCACCGUCGCUCUCGGCUAUCUCGGGCCACCGCCACAACGUCUACGAGGCGCUGUGGAGCCUCGCCGACGCUGCAGGCAGCGGUAGCGUCGGAGCGCUCGACGCCGCCAACAUACUCAAGAAAUCCAAGCUCUCUGACAGCGUUCUCGGCAAGAUCUGGGAUCUGUCGGACAGAGGAGCCAAGGGUUUCCUCGACAAGGAGUGCUUCUUCACGGCGAUGAAGCUCGUUGCGCUCGCGCAGAACGGCAAGGAGGUCAGCCUCCUCAACAUCCGUGACAACACGAUCGCGGCGCCCUCUCUUGGCGACUACCUGCAGCAGCAGCACGACGGCUGGGCGAUCGCCGCGGCCGACCGCGCGCGAUGGCAGCAGAUGUUCGACGCUCUCGGCCCCAGACGCGCCGCGCUCUGCUGUCGGCGCGACAAGGAAGCGGGGAUGGUAGGCGAUGCAGCCAUAGCGAAGGAGAUCGACGUGAUUGCGCGGGAGCUGGAGGAACUAGCAAAGGAGAAGCUAGUGUACGAGCAGGACAUCACACAGACGCAGGCGGACAUUAGGAUCCGGACGGGAGAGAUGAAGUCCCUACAGAGUGAGCUGGACACGCUGUCGGUCACUGCCACUCAGCUUGAGAACCAGAAGGGAGAGGCGCAGAAACGACUCGAUGAACUUGACCUACAGAGGACGAAACUAGACAAUACUGUUCAAGAUUUGAAGCAGAAAUGUGAUGAAGAGGCAAAAGCAAUAAGAGAUGUGAAACAGCAGCUGGCCACGCAGGUGGACGAUGUGAAGGGGCAGGCGGAGCAGCUAGCGGAGUCACGGGUGGAGCUGACGGCGCUACGUCGCGACGAGCACACACUGCAGACGGACGCAGACGUCGCCGCCACCGAACUAGACAAGGUUGGGUUGGCGUUGCAGCAGACGCAGACGACAAUGAGCAAGCUGAGAGAGCAGGUUAAGUCGACGGAGACGAUGCGAGACGACAUCGAGGCAGUCAUGAGACGUCUCGACUCUUGCCUCGCCUCGAGUGACGUCACGGGCGUCGACGACGCAGACCUCAGCGCCACCUACAGGCUGAGUCCGAGCGUGCAGCAGCAGCUGGCGCCCUCGCUCACCAACGGACCCGACCACGAGGCGUUCGGCGCGAGCAAGAUGCCGGAUCUGGUUGCCGGCGGCGACGACGAAGCGUUCGCAGAAGCCGACCCAUUCAAGGGCGACGACCCCUUCACGAACCACGACGUCGCCGCCGCCGCCGAAGCGUUCGGUGGCGACCCCUUCAGGGACACGAUGGCGGGCGACGCCGCGCUCGCGUCCGACCCGUUCGAGGCGGCCGACCCAUUCGCCAACGCGACGCCAUCUUCCACGUUCGACUCCGAUGCCGUUUGCGGUCGAAGAAAGAGAGCGGCGGCGCCGAGCCGGCACCGCUGCCGCCCCGAUCAAGUCGGCCGCGCGCCGCGCGAUCUAAAGUCGGCCCGUGGCCUCCGCCGCGACCCGACUAACGCGAGGUCGGAAUCGCCGGCCGCCCCCUGCCGCGGCCGAGAGUCGCCGAUGCGCCGGCCGCGUUCCGCGCACCUAGCGCCGGCGUUCGGCGCCACGCGGCCGCCGAGCAGAGCGCCAGUUUCAAAGGUGCCAAACGUCACGGCCUGCGGCGACCCCGCUGACCCGUGGGGCGGCGCCGCCUCCGCGGCUGCGCGUCGCGCCCCCUGCCGACUCGCGUUCGGCGGCAGCGCCCGUUUGCGGACAUCGGGCGCGGCAGCGUGUCGCGAACCUUUGCCGACUCGCUGCCGAAUUCGACUCUGGUUGCAAAAAGCGAGGAACUUGGCAAUGCGCGUGGGGCGGCGGGGCGGCGCGGACUUUGAGGCAGCGUUCGUGCCGCCGCCGUCGUCGCCGCCCAAGACGACCGAGCGCGCGGCGGUCGCCACGGCGACGUCCACGACGUCCAGCGGGAAGAAGUCGCACAUGUUCGGGUUUAAGUCUCGCAGCUCGCUGAAGAAGGAGAAGGAGAAGGAGAAGAAGGAGAAGCUGGCGUCGGCGAGGGGGAUGUCGGAAGACGACCAGCUCGCGUGGGCAACGUCGGAGAGUCGCCACCUGGAGGAGGACAAGCGCAAGCAGCGCGCUCUACAGGAGCAGCAGGAUCUAGAGCUAGCGAUAGCACUGAGCAAGGCAGAGUCUGAGAACGCUAGGAAGUAG